AUGGUUGUCGGGAUUGGGCUUUACUCGAUGGUGUGGCUCGCAGUCGUGAGCAGGUUUGUCGACUCGUCUACCCCUCGCACUUCGCUUGCAUCCACCGACACCACACCGUUUGUACUCCAGAGAACCCCACCCCACCUCAACACGUCGCCCACACCUCCAUCACUCAUCCGAGCGAUCCCCGAUGACCAGGCAAUGCACGACGUUCGUGGCUUCGGCCUCGCGACCAAAAGCAGCCCUACCUCAAACCCGAACCUGUCCCUGGUUGAUGGCGUCAAGGCUUCUCGCACGAAUGACAAGGAAGGCCCGAAACCAUUCCUCCUUGAUGGCGACAACGAUGGCCUCCACUCUGUUGUAGCCCCCGACACAACAAACACCCCCCAGCCACCUCGCGAUUCUCCGUCCACACCCGCACAACGCAUUCCCAAGAUCAUUCACCAAUCGUGGAAAUCUGCUGAUCAUAUCCCAAGCAAGUUUGUGCAGUGGAUGCAGAGCUGGCGAACUCACCACCCGACAUGGACGUAUGUAUUCUGGGACGAUUCGGACAACCUGGACCUGUUUGAAGAGCACUACUCGAAGUACGCGCCAGUGGCUCGCCGAGUGAGCAAGAUUCAAUUGGCCGACAUGUCUCGGUAUGCGCUACUGCAUCGGUAUGGCGGGUUAUACGUGGAUGGGGAUUUCGAGGCACUCCAGCCCAUGGACGACUUGACGGACUUGCCAUUGUUUCUGAGCUUCGAACCGCUCGUCCACUCCGUGCUGCUCGAGGGGGCGUCGGCCCCCGUGCUUUGCAACGCUAUCUUGGCGUCCAUGGCUGGCCAUCCAUUUUGGUUGGAGGUGCUAGACAACAUUCUCGACGCUUUCAACUCGCCUGGAGGGGCCAGGCAAGACCCAGUAUCACUAACAGGUCCUCGGAUGGUGCAGCACACGAUGUCCCAGCACGCGAAAGCAGCGUCUGCGGCCACCACCACCCCCGGCAUUAUCCUGCUCGACGAAGAGUACUUUUACCCCGAAGUGGCGUACUGGAACCUAGACAAUCUUAGCCGCAAGUGCACUCACGUCAAGAGCCACCCCCCCAUCGUUCAAGAAGCUUGCGCGUGGUUGAACGAGUACCCCACGGGUCGAUACACCAACAAGACCCACGCCGUCCACCACUGGCAAUGCACGUGGUGCCGUGGCGACGACACAACGUCGUACGUGUCGUUGCACGAUAUCUUUCCCAACCAAGACACUCGCAGACCACAUCAGAUGCAUGUGCCACGUACGCCCGUGCGCAUUUGACGCCCUAGCGCAAAGAAACCUCCCACGUUUAGCAAAGUUGACACUGGCGACCGCGAUAUCAUGGUCACGUGUGCCCAACAUCGCAGCACGGCUGUGCAACGUGCGAAGACAUUACAUGUCCACUUGCACAGAGCCAUCAAUGCAGCUGUCCUAUCGAUGCC